UUCUCGUUUCCACCCAUGCAUUUGUUUAUAUCUUGAUGUGCAGACUGGCAGCUAGUUCCAAACUGACUUUACCGACAACAUUUUUGUGACUAUAAAUCUUUUAAAAUUUUAUAUUAAACUGAUUAACGUGAAAAUGUUAUUCAGAAUUGCACAGACUAUAUAACUUUCUUCUAACACAGUCAAGUAUGUCUUUUUGGUGUGCCUAUGUGUGCGCGCGUGAGUCAGCUACAAUGAAUCGUACCUUUAUUAAUUAAGAACUGAAUAGUAAAGUGCUACAAUCCUCAGAAUUUACCUUUUAAAAUAAAAGCCCAAAUUUUUGCAGUUUAGUCACUGAUGGGCUUUUGAAUCAGGAGAAGGUCUCCGAAUAUAAUAUCACAAUAACAGUUACUUAUAGGAGCUCGCCUUCUUAGCGAAUUAUGUUUUUUUUCAGUGUAAUAUUUCUCUGAUGCACUAAGUGCCGCUGUUGAUCAGUUUGUUCGGGCUUUAAACAUUGUUUUUUAGACCCACCUCCACAGUCUUGCAUCACAUUCUGCAGAAUCUCUUUCAUUCAGACCAUCUCUGUUUAACAGUGAAACGUCGAGACGUUCCCUGUUUUUCUUUCGGAUGAAGUUUGCUAUUUUUCAGCUAUUCUGAAUAUUUAGUUUGUUGGAAUUUUCUCCUGAAGUGGACUAGAAGACUUGGAUUAUGUGGUUUCUUUGUUGUUUUUACGCCCAAAGAGGCGCUUGUUCUCCGCGCACUUCAUCGUGGCUAAUGCGGUCUCUCGUGCUGUGCGUCUUUGUCAUGACCGUUGCGCGCGGGCAGGUCCGUUAUUCUAUUCCAGAGGAGAUGACAAAGGGCUCGCUGGUGGGAAAUAUCGUUCAGGAUCUCGGGUUGGAUGUAAAGAGGCUGAAAUCUGGUCGAGCGCGGAUCUUUACGGAGGACAGUCGUGAGUACAUCGGUCUGAAUGUGGAUAAAGGGACUCUGAUAGUGAAAGAGAGGAUAGAUAGAGAGGAGCUGUGCGCCCAAGUGUCUCCCUGCUCCUUACAUUUUCAGAUCAUUCUAGAAAACCCCAUGGAGCUGCAUAGAAUUGACGUAGAAAUAUUAGAUAUCAACGAUCAUGCUCCUGUUUUCAUGAAAAAAGAGAUUACUUUUCAAAUAAGCGAAUCUGCUUUGUCUGGAGCUAGAUACUCAGUCGACAGCGCUAAUGAUCCUGAUGUAGGUCUGAAUUCUAUUCAGACGUAUAAAUUAACUCCAUCUGAUCAUUUCACCGUUAAAAUACCUGCUCAUCUCGAUGAUACAAAAUACGUAGAAAUGAUUUUGCAAAAACCCCUUGACAGAGAAACUGAAGACGAACACAAACUAAUUUUAACUGCAUUCGAUGGCGGAAACCCUCAAAAGACAGGCACGAUCAAAAUAAACGUUAUAGUUUUAGACGCAAAUGACAAUGCUCCUGUUUUCAGUCAGUCUGUCUAUAAAGCAUCUAUUCCAGAGAAUUUAUCUAAAGGAUCCACUCUCUUAAGGGUGAGUGCAACUGAUGAAGACGUGGGAUCGAAUGGAGAGUUAACGUAUUCUUUUUCACAGAGCAGUGAAAGCUUUUCUGGCCUUUUCAGCAUUGAUCCGAUUUCUGGAGAUAUCGCCGUUAAUGGUUUAUUAGAUUUUGAAAACAAAAAAUAUGAAUUAUAUGUCGAAGCAACAGACAAAGGAGGAUUAAGUGACACUAGCAAAGUACAAAUUGAAAUUACUGACAUAAACGACAAUCCUCCUAUAAUAAACAUAAUUUCAUUUUCAAACCCAGUGCCGGAGAAUUCAGCACUAGAGACUGUGAUAGCGAUGCUGAAUGUCAAAGAUUUAGAUUCAGGGAAAAACGGAAUAAUCAAGUGCUACAUUCCUCAGAAUUUACCUUUUAAAAUAAAAUCAUCAAGCCCAAAUUUUUACAGUUUAAUCACUGAUGAUCUUUUGGAUCGGGAAAAAGUCUCCGAAUAUAAUAUCACAGUAACAGCUAUUGAUGAAGGCUCGCCUUCUUUCUCUAUUAAUAAAACACUGACUCUGAAAAUCUCUGAUGUCAAUGACAACGCCCCUGUGUUUCAGAGUCAGUCAUACACCGCGUAUGUGAUGGAAAAUAAUUCCCCCGGAGUCUCUGUUUUAUCUGUUAAAGCGCACGACAAAGACUCUGGCAAUAACGCGCGUAUUUCCUAUUUUCUGGAAGAUAAUCUCGUGAAUGGAGUCUCUGCCUCGACCUUUAUUUCAGUGAAUGCAGAGAGCGGAGAGAUUCUCGCUGUUCGAUCGUUUGAUUAUGAACAAACAAAAGAAUUUAAGAUCCGCGUAAAAGCGCAGGACGGAGGCUCUCCUCCUCUCAGCAGCAACGUGAGCGUGAAAAUAAUCAUUCAGGACCAGAACGACAACGCGCCUCAGGUUCUGUAUCCGGUCCAGUCAGGCGCUUCUGUGGUGGCUGAAAUAGUGCCUCGUUCCGCAGAUGUGGGUUAUCUGGUGACUAAAGUGGUGGCUGUUGAUGUGGACUCUGGACAGAACGCCUGGCUCUCGUAUAAACUGCAGAAACACACAGACAGGGCGCUGUUUGAAGUGGGCUUACAGAAUGGAGAAAUAAGAACUGUUCGUCAAGUGACAGAUAAAGAUGCUGUGAAACAAAGACUCACUGUUGUAGUGGAGGACAACGGGCAGCCCUCUCGAUCAGCUACAGUCAAUGUUAACGUGGCGGUGGCGGACAGCUUCCCUGAAGUGCUCUCCGAGUUCACUGACUUUACGCACGACAAGGACUACAACGACAACCUGACUUUCUACCUGGUCUUGGCUUUGGCCGUGGUUUCGUUUCUCUUUAUCGUGUCCAUCAUCGCCAUACUGUCGGUCAAAUGCUACAGAUGGAGACGCGAGCGGAUGUUACAAAUCUGGAGCCAAUCUUCCGGUUAUUCCGUAUUAUCCUCCUCUUUACGCAGACGUAGGGGGCACGGGAACUUUACAGCACGUGUACAAUUAUGAGGUUUGCAGAACCACUGACUCCAGAAAGAGUGAUCUGAAAUACGGCAGACCUUGCAGUGAGAGCAUCAUUAGUCUGGACAGCAGCGGGACACAGACACUCACGCAUGCGCAAAGAGCAAACAUUAAUGAGAAUUCUUUUGAUCAG